UCCGACCGGGAAAACACAAGCCCCUCGCGCUACACCUCUAUUUUUAGGAGAGAUGCUGUUCACCUUUCUUUAUUCCUUUGGAAGUUCUUGUUGUUUUUUGCGUCUGGCGCGCAUCAUAUCGAAAUUCCUCGCAUUCCGGGGUAAUGCACCCAAACACGCUCUCUUAUUUUGCCUCGUUCAAGGUUGCUUUUUUGUUUUGUAUACAAUGGGGCCAAACCAAGCCAGUCAUUUCUUUGCACAGUAAACAAUUUAAUCAUCUACUCAAAAUCUAAUCCAAACCUGGUCUCACAAGGAAACUACAAUAAGCAACUGAUAUAAUGGACUUGUGCAAGUGGUAAAAUGGAUUUUGGCUCUGCCAAAUCCUUUUUCUAUCAACCCUCGCCUUUUGGUGGGUCUACCAGGAACAAACAGGCAAAGAAAAAGGACACUCUUUUAUAUUUUUUAUUUUAAUAUUAUGAAGUACCCACAAGUGGUGUCGAUGCCCUCAGCAGUGUCUGAUUGGUUAGAGGAACAACUGGAAGCCCGAGGCAUAGACUCCGAAGUCUAUACUCGCUAUAUUUUGAGCUUACUGCACGCCCAUACCCUCGACUUAAUUUACCCAGAGGAAGAUUUCGCCUUUCACCCGAUAAAAAAAGAGGAAGGGCGCGGCCACAAGCGGGUCCGUCGUUCCGGCAGCUGGUGGAGACAUGCCAACGAGGACCCCGAACAGAUCAAACGUUCGGCAGCAGUCGAGUGCCUUAUGUCGGCAGCCGAUCAGAAUUGCGAAGUAGAAUCUCUUGUUGACGAGUUGUGCGAGAAAUUGAAAAAAGUCGACUCCGAAACAGAGAUCACUUCAGCGAAGCCCGCCGAGCCCGAGAAGCCCCAAAAGUCCCAGAAAGCCUCCACCAAGGAACUCGCCGAAAAAUAUUACGCGGCGUUUCCUCCGCUCAACCAGAAGGAAGGCGAUUCUUACAUUACUUCCAAUAUUCAUUUGGUCGUGGGGAAGUGGCCCAGUCCGGAAAAAAGCGCCGACAAAAUCGAUUUGAUUGCUGGCAAGUGGACGUCAGGUUCACCUAAAAAAUCUACUAGGAGGCCAAAACGACAAACUAGCGACAUAAACAUGAAGCUGUCGAGGGGACAGAAUAAGAACAAAAUCGGCUACAAGAAAGCACACUGUGUUAGGGGACUGACCAAGGAAAUGGAGGACAACAUGGCGAAUUGGGAAUACGUCUACAAUAACAAUAAUAAUAAUUACAAUGUUAAAGAUCGUUAUUCGACAGUUGUCAGAGAAGAGCCUAUCCGCUUCGGUGAGGACUCCCACCCGACGCGGAAGAGCGUUCCCGACUUCGAGUGCUUUUUUGGGGACGACGUGGAAAAUAUCUACAAUCAGUUGAUUUCUGAGGAAAAUCAAUUUACUACUUCCCCCAAAGAAAAUGGCAGCGUAAGAAAUUUCCUAGAAAUAGGAUCGCCGGUUUCCAAAGUUUGGUCUCCUAGUCGGCAUAUGUGCACAAUUUGUCAGAAGCCUAAAGACAAGCACGAACAAGAUCUUCCAAUGCCUAACUCAUUUAAUUUUAUGAGAAAAGCUAAUCUGCAGCUGACCGGGCUUGGAUCAAUCAGAGGCGACAGGCCGUUUGGACACAUAAUCGGCGGUAUGGAGUACGACGCCGUUCGGGAAUAUCAGGGAAAUGCGUUUCCUCACGGAAACCAAUGGUUUGAAUUUAUAUCGACCAAUGGUACCAAAGUAAGGAACUCUUUCUCCUAUUUGGAAAAACUAAGGUUUGUUUCCUCUGAAAACUGGAAUAAGGCCCAAGACACCGCUUCGAAAACUACUAACGCUGAGAAGCUCAAUGUUGAAAAGGAACCUAGCGCUUUUGCGAAAUACAUUCGUCCCGUCGAUCCCCCACCCAAACCAGAGUCCCCCUACGUUCCCACGGGGCCGCAACCCUACAGUCGUGCCUUCGGUAGACCGGUGAAAGGACCCCCUCUGCCCUCUCACGUCGUACCCUGCAACCAGGACAACGGCAACGGUGUCGACGCCGCGCCUACGGAGGAUAUGUGGGGCCAGGCCCACUUGUACUUCAGACCAAUCAAGUCGCCGCCUUUGGACAAACAACGUCGCAGGAGUAGCAGCAGCAACCAAAGAGUAUAUCCAGACGGCGCUACGUUUGCUAUCGACGGCAACUGGGAUCAGGUGAACUAUCAACGCAACUCUGACGGUGAAUUAUAUCUGCUAUCCGAAACAGGCGAAAAGAAAAUAUAUCAGCACUACAAUAUCCAUAGUCCCACUAGAAAUUUGGAAAGCUGCCUCGAACUUGAUUCCCCAAACAAACAUUUUUCGAUCAAAUUUGAAGUUAAACAGCUAGAUAAGGCGUGUCAGUGUUCAGAGGAGGACUUUGUUGGUCUGUUAACAACGGUACAUACUUUCCCAGAACCAAAUUCGUUUCAAUCAUUCUUCAAAGAGUGGGACUUUUCGCAUCGACACGUUAGCCAUCUUCUUGGAACUCAAACUUUAGAAAACAACGAUGAACUUGUUGCCGCUGCUGAUGGCUACCCUGCCGACAUAUCCUUUGACGAUUUUAUCGUCAAAACUAUUCUGGAGACGCUCCUGGAUGACAGCGACCCCUGGCCGGACGAAGUUGAAAAGGAUGCUACGGACAGUGCAGACUCUAGCGGGAACCAAGAUCACCUCAAAAUGUUGUGGUCGCAGGUGGAGUUUCAGGGGGAAACAGUUUCAAACGACAUAAGCCGGCCGGACAUCGCUAGACUGAGGGAAGAAGCGUCUGUAGAAGGCAACCUCCUCCUGGAGGAGGUCGGUUGCGCCCAGCAAUUUUUGCGGAGUUCGCUCCACGAUGAUUCUACCGACGUCGAUGAUCAGGUCAGUCCCGGAAAUGAUCGGGAAAAUGCCGAUCAGAAGCAUAAAUAUAGUAGUAUGGGCAAAGAUGGAAUAUGGAGCUUCACAUCAAAAAUUGAAGACGACUGUCUGGUCAAUAUGUUCACAUUCCCGGCCAGUCUGCAACCAGUUACCUUGUAAAUCCGGUGCCCGACAAGCAGGCAGGACUUAGAUAGUUUUUUUGUUUACUCUGCUUGUUUGCACAAGCAUUGAAAUAUUUUCAAAUCGUAAUUUUAAUAGAAAUUCUUAAAUUUUACUCGAAAAGUUUUUUUUUUGGUAAAUUCCACAUUUCAACGCUUGUACAAACAAGCUAAAAGAAGGUAUCUCAAAGGAUAGAUUCAAUUAGUUAAUCGCUUAUAUACUUUUUGAACGUGCUAAAGUAAAAAAAAAUAACGAUAUCUUGCCUCGUAGAUGUCUAUCCUUCGCGUAUACCGUGUAGUAAAAAUUUGGCUUUGAUAAAUUUAGAUUUGGACUUACAGAUUUGAGGGGACGGUGGCAUUUUUGCGGCCGUCGCACACUAAAA